CUGACACGUGAGUGUAUAACGCAAGUUACGGUCACUGUGGACUGGAUGGGGGUGCAUUGUCGAGACUCGGACAAUACCGUCACACACCAAGCUGAGUGGAAGAUGAGUUUGAAGGUCCCAGUGUUUGGGAUAGUACUCAGCUUGGUUGCCUUACUUCUCAUCGAAGUGGUUGCAGAGGAGUGUAACACCAACACCGGCUGCACAUGUACGUUCCAAGAUGGCGACACGGCGGCUUUUGGCGCGAAAGACACCCGUAGUGUUGGUCUGGCAGCUGCCACCGGUGCUCUGAGUUCUAUGGUUCUGGCAGGGGGAGGCAUGGCACUGUGGAAGUACUGCAAGAACAGGGGCAGCGGAAAUAUCACUGACUCAUACGGCCGUCCUCCCAGCAGUCAGGGGUCGUGGAUGGGGGAGGAACGACGCAAGGGACCCCCAAGGAGGGGGUCUAUCCCGCUGUCUGACGACGGGUAUGACAUGUCGGGCCGAAUGACGGCCGGGUCUGGGAAGAGCAACCCCACAAAUAUCUACAAACACGGGGGGAAGAUCUGGCCCGGGUUUAGAUAAACAGUGGUUCCUCCGAUGAGCUGAUGAAGUGUAUCUGUGAUAUAACGGCUGAUAUUGACUGGUCUGUCCAGGAAGUCUUGAUGAAGCACCAUGUACCAUCUUACUGCUGCAUUAAACAACGCUGCACGUUAGAGCUGAAGCAUUUAGAAAGUAAUCAACGCACGUGUGUUAUCUAAUGUAAAAGCUGUAACACUUAUUGUAUAUAACCAUAUUUGUUGACUUUUAUAUUUAUUUAUCAGGGUAUAUUUAUCCACAAGUAGUUAAUUGAUGGGUGUUUAGUUGGGAACAUUUACACUUAACCUACUACGCGAAUGUGCAAGAACUAAAUUACCUACCUUAAUACCUCAGCAGAAGAAAACAUAUCAAUCUUCAUUGUCAUUUUGAUCCAUGUAUACGUUAUGAAUUCGGAAUCGGCUAGACAAGUAAUUAACCUGUACGCUACCCUCUGUUCUCUACAUUCUGUGAACUAUUCUGUCUACAACAGGUACGUACAUACAGCUUUGACAAUACUACCUGUCACAUGAAGUCUUAGUAAAGAUUUAACGACAUGAACCCAUGAGAGGAAUUUGAAAAGUGUUAUUUUCCAUUUACAAGUUAGUUUAUGAAUCUACAGAUGCAAGAAACUAUACUGAUGUGCAAAAGAAAGUACACA